AGAGAGAGAGAGAGAGAGAGAGAGAGAGAGAGAGAGGCGACAGCAGUAUUUCGGCGGUGACGGCGGAGGGUUCGCAGCAGGCUCUACACAUGUGCCCGUGACUCAGUGAGGGCACUGCGGCGGUGGAUCUGGAUUCGAGCAGGUCCUAAACCCAGCGACCCCUCAGACAAGGAACAUGGAGAGCGCAGCUCCUCUCCGUCCCCAGCGGAAAGGCUGAGAGCAGACCCGAUUCCUCCCUCCCCCCUUUGCCAGCCGAGCCCCCACCAUGGCCAGCGGGAGUCCCACGCUAAGCCGGGAAGAUGCGGCUUCGGACCCGGGGACCCUGGAGGCCGGGGCUCAACGCCCCGAGCCAGGGCCCGGGGCCUACUGCAAGCUGUGCCUCAGCGAGCAGCCGCCCGCCGCCACCAGGGAGCUGCAGGGCUGCGACUGCGUCUUCUGCACAACGUGUUUGGAGCGGUAUGUUCAGCUGGCCAUCGUGGAGGGUGGGGGUGCACCCAUCACCUGCCCAGAUAUGGCCUGCCUAAAAACCGGAGUGCUUUUGGACUCUGAGAUAGCUAGCUUGGCCCCAGAAGACCAGGUGGAGCUGUACCAGCGUGUGAAGUUUGAGCGAGGAGUGAAGUUGGACUCCAGUAAAGCCUGGUGCCCGGUGCUGGAAUGCCAGGCAGUGUGCAGUGUGCACCUCAGCACUGAGGGCCGGCCCCACGCCGUGCCCUGCCUUACCUGCCACACCGUCUUCUGCUCCGGUUGUAGAGGACCCUGGCAGGCCGGCCAUGUCUGCCCAGAGCGCCAGCCCAUGAUGUUGCCCGUACCCUCUCGUGAAAGCAGGGCCCGCUCCAGCAGCGACUCUGACAUGCCCAUCAAGCAGUGCCCCAUGUGCGGCAUCUACAUCGAGAGGAACCAGGGCUGUGCACAGAUGCUGUGCAAGAGCUGCAAACACACCUUCUGCUGGUACUGUCUGCAGAAUCUGGAUGGCGACAUCUUCCUGAGGCAUUACGAUAAGGGGCCGUGCAGAAACAAACUGGGACACUCGAGGGCCUCGGUUAUGUGGAACAGGACGCAGGUGGUGGGUAUCCUGGUAGGGGUCAGCAUCAUCGUGCUGGUGACGUCACCGCUCCUCCUGCUGGCCUCGCCGUGCAUCCUUUGCUGCGUCUGCAAGCCCUGCCGCAGGAAGAACAAGAAGAAGAAGAAGAAGACCAAGGUGCCGAAGACGGACCUCAGCCAGCUAGACUCGUCCUCCUCGUAGCAGCUUCCCUUCCCAGCCCGGGGUGGCCCGGCUGAUCUGAGGAAGCCCCGCAUGCCGGAGAAGGAGUGACGUUGGAGUACCUUUUCACAAGUCGGCAGACAGGAAGCCUCGUCGGGGGUUCAGAAAUAAAAAUAAUCCCUCUUGAGUUACAAGAAUAUGUACUUUAUGUACGCUGGAAGUGUAAAUAUGAGCAGAAUGAAUGUAACUCACCUAGCUGUUUUCAGAUGGACAGGCCGUAAGUAAGGAGACAACGACGGCUUGUUAUCGCAAUCGCUCUAACUCUGUCACACACACACACACACACACACACACGCACACACACACACACAGUUCAAAGGGCAACGUCACCCUCAUGUGCCAAACGUCAUGAUGCCAAACCAAGGUGUUAGGUACUCAAGUGCCUCACUCUACAGUGCCUGGUGCCUGGUUCUGUUUGUUUUGCCUUCCAUUCUUUCCUUAUCUUAUGCAAAAAAACGAGCAUGAUGAAAAUGGACACGGUUGAAUAGUUCCCUUAAUGUGAGAAGGCAAAGCGUGUUGUGUGCGCACAGAUAUGAACUAUGAUAGAGCUCCAAUGGUGCUCCAAGAACUUUUCUUCUGCAAAUCUUUGUUGUUUCCCCCCCGCAUACGUUCCAGACCAAAGGCUUCUAAAGGGUAAUGUGUACUUUUCUAGGAUGUGUUCAUGUGUAUUUAUGGGUUACGUGUGUGUGUGUGUGCGGUAUACUGUUAUCAUUUCUACAUUUCUGUUCAUGUUUCUGUAUCAGAUAUUUUAUAAAGGCACCAUUAUAAUUGAAAUAAACACACUGUGUUGAACAUG